AUGGCUGAGAAGUCGACCUCGACUCUCAUCGACAGAUUCCGGGCUCAGGUUGAGCAACGGAAUUUGAACGACAGAGCUUUGAUUGAAGGACCUCUCGUACACCUGAGCGACAAGGAGCUCCAGAACGACGUCAGAGAGUUCUCGAAAUACAUUCCCGAUGUCGAAUACGAAGAUGUCCUCCGAGCGGCUCGAGUAGCCAAAGAUAUCCGUACAUACGACCAAGUCGCAAGGAACUCCGCUACGCAGACGAACCUACUGGUGGCAUUGGAGGAAAACGAAAAGAAAGGUCUCGUGUCGGAGCACGACGAACUCCGAGGACAGUUCCGCCAAAUCUUCCCCGUCAUCUUGACAGUCGGCUGCGCAGCCUUUCUCCAGGGCCACGUCCAGGCGUCCAUCAACUGCGCAAGCCUGUAUCUACAAUGCCUUGAGAAUACCGGGAGUACCUCAAAUGGUUGUCCCGCUCCGCUGGAUGAAAGGCUUUGGCAGUGGAAGCUUGGGGCGGCAAACUCGAGCCCAUUCUUCGCCGCCGCUAUCAUCGGAGCUCCAUCUGCCCUCCUGCUCAACUUCUGGGUCGGUCGCCGAGGAGCAAUCACGGUGGCCGCGCUGUUGAUACUUGCAAGCUCGCUUGGCUCCGCCUGGGCGACAUCUUGGUGGCAGCUGUUGUGUAUAAGGAUUGUAAAUGGUGUUGGCAUGGGAAUCAAAGCAAUUAGUACUCCUAUUCUAGCCGGGGAAAUGGCCUAUACUCAAUGGCGAGGUUCCUCUACGCUCAUGUGGCAGCUUUGGGUCGCAUUUGGGAUAGCAAUCGGUUCCAUCCUAAACCUGGGCAUUGCGAGCUGGAACAAUGCCACCGACAGUAAUGACAGUCGAGAGAACCAAAUUCAAGCAUUGAGAGAAAUCCUCGGGGCACCUUUUAUACCUGCACUCCAAGCCCUCAGGGACCUGUACCUUAUCCACAAGUCGGUCGAGCUGGACGAGUAUCGAGUCACUCCUGCCGAAGAUGAAAAUGCUGGCAUGUCUCACGCGAAAGCCGGGCUCACAUAUGCAAACCAGUUCUGGACAGCAAUGUCUUACUGCUCCAAGCACGAUAAGCUGAAAGCAAUGGGGUACAGUGCCGGAUUUGGGGCUGUCAAUUUCGUCUUUUGCCUUCUCGCCAUCAGACGCAUCGACACGUGGGGCCGGCGGAAACUCAUGUUAACCACAUUGCCACUCAUGAGUCUCUGCCUUGCAGCGGCUGCAAUGCUCUUCAUUAACAGGAUACAUCUAGAGCCCAUAGUCGUAUUUAUCUAUCUAUUUGCCGCGGUGUACUCUCCCAGCUUAGGACCCAUACCAUUUACUCUGGCAUCUGAGAGUUUCCCGCUCGCUCAACGGGAGGCCGGCUGCUCCGUCGCCAUAGCAGUGAACCUCUUCUUCGCCGGAGUUCUGACCCUCGUGUAUCCAGAACUAGACCGGGCGUUCAACCACUGGGGUGCGUUGGCACUGUUCGCAGCCUUCAACCUCGUGGCCUUCGUACUCGUGUUCUUGCUCGUAGAGGAGACCAAGGGCUUCAGCCUCGAGGACCUUUCUAUGGUCUUCGCCGUGCCUAAGCACAAGUUCAUCGCGUUUCAGCUCAAAUACCUGGGCUACCUUUGGCGGCGACACGUGCGCGGAUCCAAGAAGGAUGAGCCAGAGGAGGAGGAGCCAGAGUUUUAUACCAUGGCGCUGGAUCUUCACCAUGAAAACCAACCCGAGGCGGGCGUACACAGUGGGGAAGAGUCUGAAUUCUCAGAUGGGUAA